AACGAGGGGAACCCUCGCCCUAUGUUCGUAGUGGAUGAACGCUUGUGCAUGCCAAUGGCUGUUUGGCAUAUUUAUUGGAACAGAUAAAAUCAGAGGAAACAUGUUUUCCUAUGAGAUACUCUUUAAUAAGUCUGCAAUCGAGACGUCCUUCGCGAAAUAAAAACGGGAAAAAAGAGUCCCUUGGCUUGCUGGAGAGCUCUUUUGAUCAAGCAAAGAUUGCUUUGUUGAGAUUGCCAUGCAAUUAAAAGGUUGUCACUCAAAUUCACCGUUUAAACUUUAAAGUUAAGGAACGCCGUUGUAAGGUAGAUGAUGAAUUUGCAAUUACAAAAUUCGAAAUCAAGACGGUAGACACAAACUGGUCUGUGAAGUUGAUACAAAAUAGAAUUAUGUUUUGGAAGAGGGCUACUGUACCCAGUACUAUAUAACAUGUAUCGUGGUUUCAAGGGGAAAUUUUUACUGUGGAUGUGAACUGUAACAACCUAAACUUCGCGAAUGAGACAAACUUUUAUCUUGUACAUGUCCUAUACAUCAUCAUUGUAUAAUAUACUCGCGCAAUCGCGGAGUACAUCGUUUUGACAUUUGGAACCAUUUUAGCACUCCGGUGCCUCUCUGUUUUAUAGCAUUAGAGGUUACGGGUCAUCAAAGUGCAAAUAGUUUUCCAGCGGCUGAGUGGGUUAUGCUUAGUUCUUUAUUUUCGGUAUGUGUGAUAAGAAAUGCAUAGAGCGCACACAGUUACUGUUACGCAGUUUCCGGGGCAGCUUCACACAAAAAAGCGGCCAACGUUUCACAUGUUCAGCCGAACUACAUUUUCGUGAAGGUGGUACCUGUUUCCUUAACAACAAGUAACAAAGUGUAAUGUGCAUGAUGAGCGGCAAAUUUCCUUGCUAUUCUGUGAAAAGAAAUCCAUCGAGUUGAAACCAUACGUCAGGGACAGUGCGCAGGCAUUUUGUGGUUAUAAACCCCCCCCAAAUAAGAGAGUUUUGCCCGAUAUGGCGGCCCUGAACGCCCAGAAUUUGGAGAAGCUCAACCGGCAGGACGGCAGUGUGAAGUCGUCCCGUCGCCACUCCAUCAUCUCCCGCAAGAGUUCCCUCAGCCACUCCACCACUGGCGACGGGGCUAGUGGGCCGGUCAGCAACCGCUGGCGCCGUCUUUCCCGGGCCUUCUCCACCUCCAUUGGCAAUCCAAACUUCCGGGUGGCCACUGUGCGCUCCACCGACACCCCAGCCGCCGCCAGCAAGCCGCUGGUCCGCUUUGAGAACACCUUCAAGAUGGCCCCGGACCCUGGCACCCGGUUUGUGCCGGGCGAGGUGGAGAAGAUCGCCCGCCAGGUGCUGGAGGCCAACCUGACCGAGAAGACACGCUACGAGCCCCGCACCUGCGCCAUCUUCACGCAGCGCAUCGCCGAGGAGAUCAAGAUGAGGGUGAAGGAGCUGAAGAUCCCCCGCUAUAAGAUCGCCUGCCAGGUCUUCAUGGGGUCGGUUAGCGGUCAGUGUCAACGGAUGGUCAGCCGUGCCGUCUGGAACACCGAUACAGACAACUUCGCCACCUGGACUUAUCAGAACAACUCUCUCUAUGCUGUGGCGCUGGUGCAUUGCACUUAUUAUGAGUGACACUCUGAACUAAGGCUUAGGAAACCCACCUUCCUUAAAGGUGCUGCUUCGCCCAGCAUUUUUCUCGAGAAAUGACAAUGACUAUAGGAGCCAAGUCGAUCCCUGUUCACAUCGUUAGAACGCAAUCGCUAGUUAGUAAUCGCUGGUGCCGGGAUUUGUGGCUGGUGUAGAAAACGUGCUUAAAAUACCAAUGACUUUUGGCGCAUCGUCCCACUUUUGCACUGAUCGGCACUUUGAGUUGAACUCUUUACGAACUCUGCAAACAUUAUCGGACAUCGCUAAUUACGGUGCCAGCAGUGAUGCGCACUUUGACGUAACGCACCUAAGGCUUACUUUUGACGCGCUUCCUUCUUCACUUUGUUAACAGGGGAUGCGAGGAGAGAUGCAUAUCGCUGGUUGAUCUUUUUAAGUUACACGAUAAUGCGACAGCUAUUAAUAAGAAUGUGAUUUUGUGAAAUGUGUUUUGUGCACAGACGUUUUAGUCAGCUGCAAUGUCUCGUAUUGCUGCAAGUGGCAAUGCAUGCAGGAAGUUCUUAAAAUGCUGGAGUUCCGUUGCAAGUUUUGUUAUGGUGACUAAACUCAAGACAUGUAAAGUUGCUCCAAACUGCGCCGCUCGUUCGUAACCACCACUCAUCACUUGGGCGGUAGUAAAAAUUAAAAAACAAAUUCACAUUCAAAGAUUUUCGGGAAGGGAAAACAUUAAAUUUGGAGUGGCUUAUUUGCAGACCGUGCUCGUGCCAAUACGGGUGAUUCACAAUAGUGCGCCUCCAAGAGUUUACAGUGCAUUGACCAAUCACAACGUGCGAAAUCUGUCGACCCUUUCAAGACGCGCCUUGGGUCGACAGAUUUUGCGCAUCGUGAAUCGCCCGUAUUCGUUGAAUGCCAAAUCACAGAUGAAACGGCACUCACACCACACGCCCAAUAAAACCUUAAAUAGAUAGAUUCCUAGCUGUGGCACACGUGCACCCGGCCAUGGAGACGAUUGAGCGCUGGCCAACGGUGCAACGGUGAUAGUUUGCCGGAAUAAACUGCCGUCCAUGCAUGUGUAACUGCAUCUAACAAGUUCUGUCGUGAUUCAUUUUUCGAAAUUCCAUCCAAACUCUUUACAGCUGAGCACCAUUAGUUACCCAAACAAUGCCGUGGACGGAAUAAAUUGCCCAGAUGGUGGUCACGUCGUGUUUUUCAACCAUUCAAAGCAGUUUUAAUAACCAAAAAUGAAGCUUGAAGGAAAACUAGUUUGUUCCCUUUCAUCAGUAUGAAUGUAAAGUCGUAUCACUACUGCUAAUGGGUCUACGGGGAACAAGACAAACGUGGCAGUAUCAUGAUUAAGGUUUAUUGGCGCACAUCUUUAAUUCGAAGUGAACUCUACGCACGUAUUUGCACUAAAAUUGUACUAUUUGAUCAGUAAUAAUAUAAAGAAUAAUAAAUAAAAAUAAGUUCCAUAUUAUAAACAUUUGGAACGCUAUGAUUGUAUUUCCCGUUGUUCCUUAAUUGCUUAUUGUUUAUUGAAAGUCUCAUAAUUUUUCCCAUUGCAUAAUUUUAAAUCAUACUACAGAUGCGGAAAAUAGGAACUUUCAAAAGAAGUUGUGUGAUGUCAGCGUGAAUCAAUAAGAAUGAACGAAGCAAAUUACGCAGUUAAAGUCGAUUUUACCGCCUUUUCACUGCACCGUUCAACAUGCACAUUCCACCGCCAGAUAUUCUUCAGUCGCUUCAUAAUAACUAAAAAUAGAUUGCUGUAACUUUGUGUGAUUUCUGACGAGUAUCUGUGAACUAUGCAAAAGAUGCAGUUUCUGCAGUUAAACCCACCAACGAAAUUAUGUACAUUGAAUUUCAUUUUAAUUUCAAGAAUUUGUAAUUAUAUUUACGGCAUUAAUUUUAUUAAUUGCCAUGUCUGAGACAUGCUAUUGAUUAUCCCUGUCAACUUUUUUUUAUGGGGCUACAAAUAAGUUGUUAAAUAAAUAAUGUUGUACGGUCCUUCCAA